AGCGCGUUCCAGAGGCUCGGGCUGGAUCUCGCCUCGCUGAGCGCGGGGCCGAGCGGGCGGGGCGCGCGCGGGCCGAGCGGACUGGGCGCGCGCCGAGCGCAGGCGGCUCGCGAGGUCCGGCGGGGCGGCUUCCAGAGCCUCCACGGGCGGGCGGAGGAGCGGGUGCCGCGAUGGCCGAGGGCAGCGCCGUGUCCGACCCUCAGCAUGCCACGCGCCUGCUGCGCGCGCUGAGCUCGUUCCGGGAGGAGUCCCGCUUCUGCGACGCGCACCUGGUCCUCGACGGGGAGGAGAUCCCGGUGCAAAAGAACAUCCUGGCGGCCGCCAGCCCGUACAUCAGGACAAAGUUAAACUAUAAUCCUCCAAAAGAUGAUGGAUCAACCUAUAAGAUUGAACUUGAAGGGAUAUCGGUAAUGGUUAUGAGAGAGAUCCUGGAUUACAUCUUCAGUGGGCAGAUCCGGCUGAGCGAGGACACCAUCCAGGACGUGGUGCAGGCGGCGGACCUGCUGCUGCUGACGGACCUCAAGGCGCUGUGCUGCGAGUUCCUGGAGGGCUGCAUCGCCGCCGAGAACUGCAUCGGCAUCCGGGACUUCGCGCUCCACUACUGCCUGCCCCACGUGCGCUACCUGGCCACCGAGUACCUGGAGACCCACUUCCGAGACGUCAGCAGCACCGAGGAGUUCCUCGAGCUGAGUCCUCAGAAGCUGAAGGAGGUGAUUUCCCUCGAGAAGCUGAACGUCGGCAACGAGAGAUACGUGUUUGAAGCAGUCAUCCGGUGGAUAGCGCACGAUACAGAGCUAAGAAAGGUCCACAUGAAGGAUGUCAUGUCAGCACUGUGGGUUUCAGGGUUGGACUCGAGCUACUUACGGGAGCAGAUGCUCAAUGAGCCCUUGGUCCGCGAGAUCGUCAAGGAGUGCAGCAACAUCCCCCUCAGCCAACCGCAGCAGGGGGAGGCCAUGCUGGCCAGCUUCAAGCCCCGCGGCUACUCGGAGUGCAUCGUGACCGUGGGCGGAGAGGAGAGAGUCUCGCGGAAGCCAACGGCAGCGAUGCGAUGUAUGUGCCCCCUUUACGACCCCAAUCGGCAGCUGUGGAUCGAACUGGCCCCUCUAAGCAUGCCGAGAAUCAACCACGGGGUCCUCUCAGCAGAAGGGUUUUUGUUUGUAUUUGGGGGCCAAGAUGAAAACAAGCAGACCCUGAGCUCAGGAGAAAAGUAUGACCCAGAUGCGAACAUGUGGACCGCGUUGCCGCCAAUGAACGAGGCAAGACAUAAUUUUGGAAUUGUGGAAAUAGAUGGCAUGCUGUACGUUUUAGGAGGAGAAGAUGGUGAAAAAGAGCUAAUUUCCAUGGAAUGUUACGAUAUUUAUUCUAAAACCUGGACAAAGCAACCUGAUUUGACCAUGGUUAGAAAGAUUGGCUGCUAUGCAGCUAUGAAGAAGAAAAUCUAUGCCAUGGGUGGAGGAUCCUAUGGGAAACUCUUCGAGUCUGUGGAAUGCUAUGACCCCCGGACCCAGCAGUGGACCGCCAUCUGUCCCCUGAAAGAGAGGAGGUUUGGAGCGGUGGCCUGUGGAGUCGCCAUGGAACUGUAUGUGUUUGGGGGAGUCAGAAGUCGCGAGGACAUCCAGGGGGGCGAGAUGGUAACUUGCAAGUCGGAGUUCUACCACGAUGAGUUUAAAAGGUGGAUCUAUCUUAAUGACCAGAAUCUAUGCAUCCCGGCCAGUUCGUCUUUCGUGUACGGAGCCGUCCCCAUAGGCGCCAGUAUCUACGUCAUCGGAGAUCUCGAUACAGGCACCAACUACGACUACGUGCGCGAGUUCAAAAGGAGCACGGGGACCUGGCAGCACACCAAGCCCCUGCUGCCCUCCGACCUGCGCCGCACGGGCUGCGCGGCCCUGCGCAUCGCCAACUGCAAGCUGUUCCGCCUGCAGCUGCAGCAGGGCCUCUUCCGCAUCCGCGUGCACUCGCCGUGACGCGCGGUGACGCGCGGCCGCGGGACGCGCAGCUGCUGACCUCGCCCCGGCCUCCGUGCGGUAACGCGGGGUGGUUUUCUAACGCCUUGAAGCCCGGGCUUCAGCUCUUGUUCCGGAGAAAACGUAAACUGCUGGGAAAAAAACUACCGAGGGGGGGAAUCCGUUUCUCCCGUAGGUGUGUCCCUAGACCAACCGGGGCUAGUCAGUGUCCCAGGAAAAGGGAAGUGGGAAUCCUUUCGUGUAAAAUAUGGAAGUUAAAGCCCUAAGGUGCAUUUUCCCCGAGGGGAUAUCAUAUCUGACUGACCGCUGUGUUCAAGUACCUGGCUUUGGUUGGGGAAAAAAAAAAAUCCGUAUAUGCAAAUCAACAUAUCCAAACAUACCGGGAUUGCUUUUCCACUGCACUUGGAAGGAGAUAUUAUGCCUAACUCUGCCCAACCAUUUAAAGGUUUGUGCCUAAAAAUGUUAGUUUGGACUCAAUGCCAGUUAGUCUCCACUUAACUACUAGUUCUCUAUCCUAAGAAUCUUUUUUGAACUAAAUUAUGAUGAAUCAAAAAACUAAGAUAAAAUUUCUCUUGUAUGACAUUCUAUCUUAGUAAUCUAAAGGGUCAGUAAAUUAAGGAGUCAGGUGGCAGCCCCCCUGUGACUUUAAAGGAAGUUGUAACUUCUGUGUUAAUUCAGAGGAAGAUGCCUCAUGCUGUCAUGUCUGGGGUUGAGAAGGAUCUCCUGCAGUGCCAUUCUUCCUUUGCAACUAAGCAGAACCAUUUUAUAAAUCUGAGGACAUUAGUAAGUAGGAGAUUUUAUAAAAGAAGGACCCGAGUCAGACAAAUAAUAAAGGUCUGCUAUGACCAAAAAAGAAAAAAAAAAAAAGGUCCAGAGAAAACCAUAUAGGGAUCAAAAACUUACAAAAAAAAAAAAUCUGCCUGAAAGCACACACAGUCUUGUUUACUACUGUCUAGGGUUUGAAAAUGUCUUAGAAUGCGAAUCCAUGUUAAGAAUCAAGCCUUUGUAGCAGAAUUUUCUCAAUGCCGUUCACUAGUACGAGUUUCUGACAAAUUACAUAACAAGUAAAGUUUGGCUGGUAGAAUAAACUACCUCAACUUAAUUUCAUUCUGUUCAUAGUAGAGCAAAUUAAUCCUUUCCUCCUUUCCUCUCUCUCCAUGUCAACCCACAUUGACCCUACUUCCCAUGGGGGAAAAAAGUCUGUCAUUAGUGGCACUUAACCUUGUAAGAUACUUUGUUUUCCAUUUGAAUUAUGCCACUUUCAUAUGAAACCAGGGACUUCAAAGUGCUUGAUGACUUUAUCAUUUGAAAUUUAUGCAAUAUCAGAUUUCUAAUCAAUAUAGAGGUCUUUAUUUCUAAUUGUUUUCUACAGCUUUUUUUUCCCCUCCCUCUUAGUAUAUGGCUGUAAGAAGCAGCAUUUAAAGAUUAACAAAUGUAUCCUUUGGUUAUAAAUUUGAGAAUAGGAAUUUCUUCUGGAAACUUCCUGCCUAGAAUGUUUGUAUGCUUUUCACAUGCAUAUGAAACAUCACUUGUGUUCUUCCACCCAGAGACAGUAGAAGGGGGCCUCUGUGCAGUUUUUUUUCUUCUACUUGUUAGAAGUCAAUCCAAUGCUAGAAAAGGUCGCUGAGCAGCCUUGCCUGUGGGGAUUCUGAAGAAUGCUAUGUGUGCACAUUGCCUCUCCAUCCUGGCAGAAGACGUGGGUCACGGAGGCACGGGGUUUCCAUCUUCUCUAUCAGAGGCACUAGGCCACUCAGUAGCAGAUCUGACCCCUAAGUCAAAGCCAGCCUCUUUGCUUUGUGCCGUGUACCAGUCACCUGUUGUCUGCACGCUUUCCCCAGGAUGUCUUUUAAUCAAGGCAAACUGCAUGGCCACUGCAAAGAAAGAAAACUUUCUUUGUACAACUAGAUGUUAAUUUUAUGGGAAAUAAACUGCCGAAAGAGUG